AAAGAUAAGUCCUUCAUCUUCCUCAUUUUAUUCCUUUUCCCCUAUCUCAUUUCUGUUCAUUUUCGUUUCUAUAAACCUAUACGUAUACACUCUCUGUAUCUAUCUUCCUCUUCUUCUACUUCUGUACAAUUGAAUCUAUGUCGAUUGCAUUAGAGAGGAACAGCACAACUGAUCAUAAGAUCAAACGGCCAGGAUUCAUCAAAGGAAUUCCGUGUAUUCCGAUUUAUAAGUCACUGGAAUUCGUCGCCGGAGACCGUUGGAUUCCGGCGAAUAAGGAAGGCGACGACGACGAUGACCGGACUUCUUCGUCUUCUUCGAUUGGGAGAAAUAGUGAUGAGUCGCCGGCGGGAAUGCCAUCAUCGGACGGCGGUGACGGUGAUGGCGAGGAAGUUCAGAGUGCAUUAAAACGUGGAGCCUUGGAUAAUUUGGAGAGUUUGGAAGAGAUUUUGCCAAUAAAGAGAAGCAUAUCUCAGUUUUACGCUGGCAAAUCAAAGUCUUUUACCAGUCUAGCAGAUGUUGCAUCAUGUUCCUCCCUUAAAGAUAUUGUAAAGCAAGAUGAUGCAUACACGAGGAAACGCAAGAACCUGCUCGCUCACAAUAAUUUCUUCAACAAAAACUGUAAUCACUUCCCAAGAAGUAAUACUGGUAGGAUAUACAAGCGACCAACCAACUCUAGAAGCUCAUUAGCUCUUGCUGCAACUAGGAGCUGCUCCGGAAGCAAUAAUAGCUCCGAGUCAUUGAACUCAAGCCCAUCAUCACCUCGUCUCUCUCUUCCUCCUCUGCCUCCACAAUUGAGAAGAUAUAGCAAUGGGGCAUCAUUGCCCCUUUCAGAACAGAAGUUCAGUACAUGGAGGUCGUUCUCCUUAUGUGAUCUACGAGGCGAUGCUGCUGCAAUUCCUAACCUAACUGGCACAAAAGAAUAGAGAAGAUACUUAGCUUUAUUUUGUAUCACCCUAUGAACCCAGAUGCAAAUAGGUUUACAUGGAGGUUGGCUUAAUAUUGUAAGCAGUUUUAGGCUUUGUCUUGCACCUCUGCUGUCUAUAAUUAUUCUUUCAGGCAUAUAAAAUCAGGGCAUCUUAAGAAUGUAAUACACUUGUAACAUUUGGGUUUUCCCAGUUUCAUGUUGUAUAUAUCAGUGCAUUUUCAGUUCAA